UGGGGAUAGUCUAAUGGAAGAAAAAUGAAAAUCAUCGUCUGCUUCGGUUUGUUAUUGAGUGGGUAGUUGACGGGUUUGUUCAUUGUUGCUCCCAAUAUGGAUCUUUACGAUUACUAGCGUCAAGUUUGUGAAUGGGUACUCAUCGACCACGUCGUCACUUUUUUUCUUCCGGUCGACCCGUGCCGAACCAAAUGUUGUCGUUUCCGUCUGGUCUCGGCAGCCUCCGUCCGCCCUUGUUUCCUUGUCAUCACUUCCUCGUCGGGUUCGUUAUUCCCGACGAUUUGGUAGCCAAUUAGCCGUCCACUGCAAUGCAGGAUAGCUCUUCUCUCGCUGCUAUUUAGUGACCCUCCAUCCACUCCUCUUGUCUUCCGCACUGACAUUAAGCCCACUCUGCAUCGACUCUCCGCUCAUCAAAUAGUGGGAAAGAGAGCGAGACAAUAAUGGACGGGGAAGGAGGAGGAGGGUUGAAGCCGAUGGACUCAGAGCAACUGAGAGAGUAUGGACACCAGAUGGUUGAUUUUAUUGCUGACUACUACAAGAAUAUUGAGAAUUACCCUGUCCUCAGCCAAGUCGAGCCUGGUUAUCUCCGGAGGCUGCUACCUGAUGCUGCACCAAAUCAACCUGAAUCAUUGCAGAAUGUCCUUGAUGAUGUUCAAUCGAAGAUACUGCCAGGGGUGACUCAUUGGCAAAGUCCAAAUUUCUAUGCUUAUUACCCUUCAAACAGUAGUGUUGCGGGAUUCUUGGGAGAAAUGCUGAGUGCUGCCAUAAACAUGGUGGGUUUCAGCUGGAUAACUUCUCCUGCUGCCACGGAGCUCGAGAUGAUAGUGCUUGAUUGGCUUGGCAAAUUGCUUAAACUACCGCAGGAAUUCCUCUCGCCAGGACAUGGUGGUGGAGUGAUACAAGGAACUGCAAGUGAAGCUGUUCUGGUUGUACUCUUGGCUGCUCGUGAUAAGACGUUGAGGAGGGUUGGGAAAAGUGCUCUUGGCAAGCUAGUUGUUUAUGGAUCUGAUCAAACACACUCUGCAUUACAGAAAGCUUGCCAGAUAGGUGGAGUUCAUCCUGAAAAUUGCCGGCUGCUGAAAACAGACUCCUCAACAAAUUAUGCUCUUCCCCCGGAAAUUGUUAGUGAAGCAAUUUCACAUGACAUUUCUAUAGGAUUGAUCCCCUUCUUCCUUUGUGGAACUGUUGGCACUACUUCAUCAGCAACUGUUGAUCCCUUGUAUUCUCUGGGCAAGAUCGCCAAGAGUAAUGACAUGUGGUUUCAUGUGGAUGCUGCAUACGCGGGAAGUGCUUGCAUAUGUCCGGAAUACCGCAAAUACCUUGACGGUGUUGAAGAAGCAGACUCUUUCAACAUGAAUGCGCACAAAUGGUUCUUAACCAACUUUGACUGCUCAACCCUUUGGGUCAAGGAUAGAAAUGCUCUCAUCCAGUCCCUCUCCACAAAUCCAGAAUUUCUGAAGAACAAGGCCUCACAAGCAAACUUGGUGGUUGAUUACAAAGACUGGCAAAUUCCUCUUGGACGUCGGUUCAGGUUUUCCUUACAUACCUUAUGGCUCCUACAAAUUUAUAAUGCUUUAUAAUGGUUGGUCAUUGAAACACGAAUACAAAGGGUUUGACACCUAACCUUAUAAGAUUUAGUUCUUACACCAACGCUUAUCAUUAGGUCAUUGAAACUAUGGAUGGUACUACGAUUAUACGGUGUGGAAAAUCUACAGCACUACCUCAGAAAUCAUAUCGAGCUGGCAAAAUACUUUGAAGAGUGUGUCGGCCAAGACUCUAGAUUUGAGGUUGUUGCCCCACGUCUAUUUGCACUAGUCUGCUUUCGCCUCCUACCUCCUGUUGGUGACAAUGAAGUUUGCAGGAGCAACAAACUGAACCAGGUCCUGCUGGAAGCUGUGAAUUCAACCGGGAAACUUUUUAUUUCCCACACUGCCUUAUCAGGGAUGUACACAUUGCGUUUUGCGGUAGGAGCACCAUUGACGGAAAGGAGACAUAUAGCUGCAGCGUGGAAAGUACUGCAAGACGAGGCCUCUACUCUACUUGGUACUCCACUUCAGGACAAUGGCAACCCCUCCUAGUAUCCACCACCUAUUUUGCAUUUGUUGGGGAUGGUUUCCAAGCAAAACCAUUACCACAAAAGCGAUAAAGCUUUUGUUGUUAUAAAUCAUGGGAAGCCUCUGAAAUCUGAUUUGUCUGGAAAUAAGUUUUUUUUUUUAAUGGGCCGUAGUGGUUGGGUUUGCUUUGUUGAAUCAUUGUAUUAGGAUUUGCUUUCGUUGUAUAACUUUGAUCUUAGCCAGAGAAAGGUAUUUCGUUGUAUGGUAAAACCUCUCUAAAUCAAUAUAGUUGGAAUGUGAAAAUUAUUAAUUUAUAGUAUAUAAAU